AUGACCACCCACGAUGCACAUGUGUCUGAUGUCGAGCCAGCGCUGCCAAAUGCUCAGGAAGAACAGCCGCUGCUGCGCUCCGACCCGGAAGCUUCAUGGAAGCCACCACCAGGUUUCGUCUGGAUACAGCUAGCAAUCAUGUCAAACGUCUUUCUCUCCGGGUUCGAUGGUACCAUCACUGCAUCGACUUACGCAGUCAUCAGCUCCGAGUUUGUUGCCGCCAACACCGCCUCGUGGCUCACCACAUCCUACCUCAUCACGAGCACCGCAUUCCAGCCAUUAUACGGUCGCUUUUCGGAUAUAUUCGGUCGGCGAGUCUCUUUCUUCACGGCCACGAUCACUUUUAUCGCUGGCUGUCUUGGAUGUGGGAUUGCGAAGAAUGUGGUGUUCCUGAAUCUCAUGAGAGCGCUUACCGGCAUCGGAGGAGGAGGCCUGAUGACCAUGGCCACUAUCAUCAACUCGGAUCUGAUCCCGUUCCGUCGCCGAGGGAUGUAUCAAGCGGUUCAGAAUGUGAUGCAUGGCUUCGGGUCAAUCUGUGGUGCAUCCCUAGGAGGCUCUAUUGUCGACUCUGUCGGCUGGCGAUGGUGCUUCCUGUUGCAAGUUCCAGUUGGUCUUCUGGCAUUGCUCACAGGGCACCUUGUUCUUCAGCUUCCUGCGCCGACGAGAUACCUUGAGGAAAGACACGGCUUUCGGACCAUCUGGCGACUUGUUGACAUCUCUGGGGCAUGUGCUCUUAUACUAGGUCUAUCGACCCAGCUGGUAGGUCUGAGUCUAGGGGGCAACGAGCUUCCUUGGACCAACGUGUGGGUGAUAAUUUCGUUGGUGGCAAGUGUGGCUUUCCUGGCCGUGUUCAUUCUCAUAGAAGGAAGAACGAGUGCAGUGCCCCUGAUCCCACCAAGGAUGCUGAAGGGGGUACUUCCUGUGGCCACCCAGGUUGCUAAUGUUUGCGUGGGAAUGGCCGCCUACGCUUUUCUUUUCACACUACCCCUUUUCUUCCAAGUUGUGCUAAUGGAGUCACCUGCAAAGGCUGGCGCCAGACUCGCAAUUCCAUCCUUUGCUACCCCAAUUGGCGGAAUUAUCUCCGGCUUCGUAAUGUCUCGUUGGGGUAAGCUCGCUUACCUGGUUCGAGCUGGGUCGUUGCUCAUGUGUAUCGGCAACGCAUUGGUGAUGCUCCUGCAUUUCCAGGACUCAGAAUGGAAAUACUUCACUUACUUGAUUCCAGCGAGCCUUGGGCAGGGUAUUGUGUACCCAGGGAUCUUAUUCACUUUUCUCGCUGCAUUUGACCAUGCAGACCACGCCGUGUCAGCUUCCACCGUAUACCUGGUUCGUUCAAUGGGCACUGUUUGGGGGGUUGCCAUUACUUCCACCAUUAUUCAGAAUACACUGCGCUCGGGCCUCGGGGAGGCCUUGAGUGGAAUACCAGACAAAUGGAAAAUUAUCGAGGAGAUUCGUCAUUCGGUCUCCGCAAUUCACAACCUUCCACCGGACAUUCAACUAGCUGCGCGGUUGGUCUACUAUCAGGGCAUCCGUCUGUGCUUCUUGGCGUCAGCUUGCUUUGGGCUUGUGGCCACCAUUGCGGCACUAUUCACGAAGGGUAAAGGCCUGCAUCGCUUGCACGACGCCUAA